GGGCGCCGCCCGGCCGCGGGUCGGGCCUGUGUCAGCGGCCGAGCCGGCGCUCGGGCGGGACAUGGCGGGCUGUGCGGCCCGGCGGGUCCUGGCCGUGGGGAGCCUCUGGUGGUCCCGGUCGCUGACCGGGUCUCGGGGGCCGAGGCCGCUGUGUGCGGCGGGUGGAGCCCGUGCCUUCCCGCCAGCGGCGACUACGACGACGCGGAGGCACCUCUCGUCCCGAAACCGACCAGAGGGCAAAGUGUUGGAGACAGUCGGUGUGUUUGAGGUGCCAAAACAGAACGGAAAAUAUGAGACUGGGCAGCUUUUCCUACAUAGUGUUUUUGGCUACCGAGGUGUCGUCCUCUUUCCCUGGCAGGCCAGACUGUAUGACCGGGAUGUGGCUUCUGCAGCUCCGGAAAAAACAGAGAACCCUGCUGGCCAUGGCUCUAAGGAAGUGAAAGGCAAAACUCACACUUACUAUCAGGUGCUGAUUGAUGCCCGUGACUGCCCACAUAUAUCUCAGAGAUCUCAGACAGAAGCUGUGACCUUCCUGGCUAACCACGAUGACAGCCGGGCCCUUUAUGCCAUCCCAGGCCUGGACUAUGUCAGCCAUGAAGACAUCCUCCCCUAUACCUCCACUGAUCAGGUUCCCAUCCAACAUGAGCUCUUUGAAAGAUUUCUUCUGUAUGACCAGACAAAAGCACCCCCUUUUGUGGCUCGAGAGACGCUACGGGCCUGGCAAGAGAAGAAUCACCCCUGGCUGGAGCUUUCCGAUGUCCACCGGGAGACAACGGAGAACAUCCGUGUCACCGUCAUCCCCUUCUACAUGGGCAUGAGGGAAGCCCAGAAUUCCCAUGUCUACUGGACUCUGUCCCCCACACCCCCACAGUGGCGCUACUGUAUCCGCUUGGAGAACCUCGACAGUGAUGUGGUACAGCUCCGAGAGCGGCACUGGAGGAUAUUCAGUCUCUCUGGCACCUUGGAGACAGUGCGAGGCCGAGGGGUGGUGGGCAGGGAACCAGUGUUAUCCAAGGAGCAACCUGCAUUCCAGUAUAGCAGCCAUGUCUCCCUGCAAGCUUCUAGUGGGCACAUGUGGGGCACGUUCCGCUUUGAGAGACCUGAUGGCUCCCACUUUGAUGUCCGGAUCCCUCCCUUCUCCCUGGAAAGCAAUAAAGAUGAGAAGACACCACCCUCAGGCCUUCACUGGUAGGCCAGCUGCAACCCUGAGGGCCCAGGUGCAGCCCCUGAGAAGAACAGCUCUCAUCCAACAAUUGCUGCAGAACUCUUUCUCUCCCCAUCACGGGCCACAAUGGGUCUCUUAAUCAGUUGUGCCACUUGAUUGUGGGGUUCUUUUUUUGGGGGGUGGUAUAACUUUUCUUCAGAAGACCCAUAUAGGACUCAUCCAAGGCUGCCUUCCUCAUUAGCCCUGCCUACAUCGUGUUCCAGAAAACCUUUCCACCGAGGAGUUGUGUUCAGCUGCUGCAGGCCUGGAGGAGUUUCCUGGCCUGUCACACAAGUUGUCUGGAAUAUGGGGUUUGGUCAAUAAACCAGUGCACGCUUGGCCACCCUCA